UCCACACUGCUUUAAUCAUCAAAACCAAACUUGGUCCACUCUCUCUUUCUCCACCCCCUUGGCACUAGUCUAUUAUAAAUCUAGGUUAUACCUCUGAACCAGAGCUUGGUUCUCAUCCAUCCAUGGAUAAGCAGCAAGAAGAAAACAUAGCAUCUUCAUCGCCAUCUUCUCCGGGAAGAUCAGGAGGAGGAGAAAGGAGAGAAGAUGCAGCAGCAGCGGCAGUGCCAGCAGGGCCGCCAUGUCCGACUUUCGUAGGCAAGCAUAGAAUGGCUGCUGCUAUUUCCCAUCUCCAUACUCAAAUCAACAUUAUUCAGGAAGAGCUUAACGAACUCGAAACAGUUAGCGAAUCAUCCAUUGUCUGCAAAGAAUUCGUAGCAAGCAUCGAAUCGAUUUCUGAUCCUCUGCUUCCAUGGAGUAAAGGAGCACCUGAAGUGGGAUGGGAUAGGUGGUUCAGAGGAGCACACAACACCAGAAGUAACAAUCGCUGGAUCUAAGACCAAACAUGUUGUAUUCUUUUUGGUACAUUUUGCACUACCUUGAUCAUCAAAGUUUCGAAUAACAAAUCAGGAAGAAUGUAUUGGAAUACAGAACAGGAAUAUGUAAAAACUGA